AUGGAACACAACGAGAGUGAAUUAGGCUUAUCAGCCAAUUCAGUAGUCUCACAAGAAGAUGCAUGGGCUGUAAUUUCUAGUUAUUUUGAAGAAAAAGGACUUGUACGUCAACAAUUGGAUUCUUUUGAUGAAUUUAUUCAAAAUACAAUGCAAGAACUUGUGGAUGAUUCCCGUUCAAUUCGGAUUAAUCCAGAGGCACAAUAUGCACCUGGACAAGCAAAAGCGAAUACGGAUACAAUUUAUAAUAUCUCUUUUGGACAAAUUUAUCUCUCAAAACCAACGAUGACUGAAGCCGAUGGGUCCACAAGUGUCAUGUUUCCACAUGAAGCACGAUUGCGUAAUCUGACGUAUUCGGCACCACUUUAUGUAGAUGUCGUGUGUGAGAAAUACCAAGCACCAACUUCUGGACCCGCUAAUCUCGAAGAUAUGGAACCAUAUGAUCACGUUGAGACCCCAAAGGAAUUUAUUGGCAUGGUGCCCAUUAUGUUGCGGUCACAAUAUUGUGUCCUGACACACAAGACGGACAAAGAAUUGACGGAAUUGAAUGAAUGUGUCUACGAUCAAGGAGGGUAUUUCAUUAUCAAUGGGAGUGAAAAGGUCCUUAUUGCUCAAGAACGUAUGAGCAAUAAUCACGUCUAUUGUUUUCGAAAGAAUGGAGCAUCCAAGUAUAGCUGGGUGUGUGAGACACGGUCUCAUGUUGAACAUGGCGUACGUCCGACUAGUACCAUGUACGUACAGAUGUACCAAAAGGGUGGUGGGAAGAGUGCUAUCACGGGCAAUCAGAUUCGAGCUGUGAUCCCGUACAUUCGUCAGGAUAUCCCCGUUGUCAUUAUCUUUCGUGCAUUGGGAUUUGUAGCAGACCGAGAAAUUCUUGAACAUAUUUGCUAUGACUUUUCGGACGCGGAGCUUAUGGAGAGAUUCAAAUCUUCACUAGAAGAGGCUUUUGUUAUUCAGGAACAGGAGGUCGCUUUGGAUUUCAUUGGGCGACGUGGGAGUGCUAUUAACGUUAGCAAAUCGGAUCGUAUUCGCUACGCACAGGAUAUUCUACAAAAGGAAAUGCUGCCUCACGUCGGUGUGGAAGACCACAAUGAAACCAAGAAGGCGUACUUUCUUGGUUACGUAGUGCAUAAGUUGCUCAUGUGCUCACUUGGUCGCAUUGGUGAAGAUGACCGUGACCAUUAUGGUAACAAACGGCUGGAUCUUGCUGGGCCGUUGCUUGGCGGCUUGUUUCGUAUCCUGUUCAAGAAGCUUACAAAGGACGUUAAAUCGUUCUUGCAAAAGUGUGUGGACAAUGGCAAGGACUUUAACUUGACGCUGGCUAUCCGCUCACGCACGAUCACUAAUGGGCUGCGGUACUCGUUGGCUACUGGUAACUGGGGCAUGCAGAAGAGUGCCUCGAAGGCCGGUGUCUCGCAGGUGCUAAACCGACUGACGUAUGCUUCGUCGCUUUCUCACUUGCGACGGUUAAACACGCCUCUUGGUCGCGAAGGCAAACAAGCUCAGCCUCGUCAAUUGCACAACACGCAUUGGGGAAUGAUCUGUCCCGCUGAAACGCCUGAGGGUCAAGCCGUUGGUCUUGUGAAGAAUUUGGCCUUGAUGGCUUACAUUUCUGUGGGUUCACCACAAGCUCCAAUCCUUGAGUUUUUGGAAGAAUGGGCAACAGAAAACUUGGAAGAAAUCAAGCCACAAAUCAUUCCGCACUCUACAAAGAUUUUCGUGAACGGAAACUGGGUGGGGGUGCAUCGUGAACCGAAUGAAUUGAUUCGCACAUUACGAUCACUUCGUCGUUGUGUGGAUAUCGAUGCCGAAGUGUCUGUCAUUCGUGACCUAAUGAACAAGGAGUUGCGCAUCUACACUGAUGCAGGCCGCGUGUGUCGUCCGCUGUUCAUCGUAGAGGACAACCAACUCUUGCUGCAGAAGGAGCAGGUGGUGAAGCUACAAAACCAUAAGAUUACCAACUAUCGCUGGCAUAACCUGUUGACGGAUGGUGUGGUGGAACUUAUCGAUACUGAGGAAGAAGAAGUGUGUAUGAUUGCCAUGGAGCCGAAGGAUGUCGGCACGGGCUCACAGAUUCAUACUCAUUGCGAAAUUCACCCGUCCAUGAUUUUGGGUAUUUGUGCCAGUAUCAUUCCGUUCCCCGAUCACAAUCAGUCGCCGCGUAACACGUAUCAGUCUGCUAUGGGUAAGCAGGCUAUGGGUAUUUACUGCUCCAAUUUUCGUGCACGAAUGGACACCAUGGCGAACGUGCUAAACUACCCGCAGAAACCCUUGGUUACCACGCGUGCCAUGGAGUACUUGCACUUUCGUGAAUUGCCAUCGGGCAUCAAUGCUAUCGUGGGUAUCGCAUCGUACACAGGCUACAACCAAGAAGAUUCCUUGAUCAUGAACCAAAGUGCUAUCGAUCGUGGUUUUUUCCGUUCCACCUUCUACCGGUGCUACAUUGAUCAAGAACGCAACAAAAGCCCACACGGUGGCCCCGGUGGUGGUGCUGGUGGUGUCAAUUGUGAGGAGUUUGAGAAGCCUUCUCGUGAAAACUGCCUGGGCCUGCGCCAUGGUAGCUAUCACAAGUUGGAUAAUGAUGGACUUGUUGCUCCUGGCACGCGUGUUAGUGGCAACGAUAUUAUCAUCGGUAAGACAUCGCCUCUACCCCAGUCUGAAGAUUCCUCUCUGGAACAGCGUCAUCAAAAGCGUGACGCGAGUACAGCUUUACGCUCACACGAAAAUGGUAUUAUCGAUAGUGUAAUGUUGACGACAAACGCUGACGGCUUCAAGUUUACCAAGGUGCGCUUCCGCAACAUUCGUGUUCCUCAGAUUGGCGACAAGUUUGCAUCCCGUCACGGACAGAAGGGUACGAUUGGUAUGACAUACCGUCAAGAAGACAUGCCGUUCACGGUAGAGGGCAUCACGCCGGAUAUCGUUGUGAACCCUCACGCUAUUCCGUCGCGAAUGACAGUGGGGCAUCUUGUUGAGUGUCUGCUUGGCAAAGUAUCGUCGCAGACGGGCGAUGAAGGCGACGCUACUCCCUUUACGGAUGUGACUGUCCAAGCUAUCGCAGACACACUGCACAACCUGGGCUACCAAAAGCACGGUAACGAGGUCAUGUACAGUGGCCACACUGGUCGUCGUUUGACAGCACAGAUCUUUAUUGGACCCACGUUCUACCAGCGCCUGAAGCAUAUGGUCGACGACAAGAUCCACUCGCGCUCGCGUGGUCCCGUGACUAUGCUGACACGCCAACCCAUGGAAGGUCGUGCUCGCGAAGGUGGUCUGCGUAUGGGUGAAAUGGAGCGUGAUUGUCUGAUCUCUCACGGGUCAGCUAACUUUCUCAUGGACCGCCUAUUUGCUAACUCGGAUGCUUACCGUGUGCACGUGUGCGAUGUGUGCGGUAUCAUUGCCAUUGCUAAUCUGCGCAAGAUGACGUUCGAGUGCCGUACGUGCCGCAACAAGACGCAGAUCUCGCAGGUCCACAUUCCAUACUCAUGCAAGCUGCUCUUUCAGGAGCUGAUGUCCAUGUCGAUUGCGCCACGACUGUUCACGCUGGGCAAUCCAAACACGCCGCAACUUCGCCAAGCCUAG